ACCAAGAAGAAAGAAAGCAGCAAGAAUCUGCAAGAUGCUGAAAGCCGUGGGACUCUUCGGCGGCCGCGCCAAGAAAGGCCCGCCGCUCUUCAAAGACUACUACACCGAAUGGUUCACCACCCUCAAGACCUCCCUCCUCCCCUCCCUCCACCAAUCCCUCUCCGACACGUCACACCUCCCCCACCUCUCCCUCCACGUCGACGCCCUCCACCGCCACUUCCAGUCCUACUACGACUCCCUCGACGCCGCCGCCCACCACGACGUCGCCCAGAUCCUCAUCCCCGACUGGCGCAACCCUCUCGAGAAGCCCUUCCUCUGGCUCGCCGACCUCCACCCCUACCUCUUCACCAACCUCCUCCGCACCCUCGUCGUCCAGCUCACCGACCACCGCCCCUGACACGUCGCCACCGCGUGGCGCAGCCCUUCCAACUCCCUCGCGCAGAAGGUCGACCAGGUCGAGUGCGGCCUCCGCCUCAUGGUGCCGGCGCUGGCGGCGCGUGCGAGGGAGGCUCAGGCUGCGUUCGUGGAGCGCGUGGCGAGGAACUGGGAACCGUACGAUGGCGGGAAGAAGGAGGCGGCUAGGGCGGUGGUGGCGGAGGCGGUGGAGGAGAUGGUGGGCGUUGUGGUGGAUGCGAAUCGGCUGCGGCGGAGUGUUCUUGCUGAGAUUCUUGGGGCCAUUAGUGUUUACCAGGCCGGGUUGUUUCUUGAAGGCCUGGCCCAAUUUCUUGUUGGGUUCAGAAACCCGGAGUUGCUGGCUCAGUUUGAUCAGUGCAAGACUCCUCUCAGUAAACAAUGCCGCUUGGCAAUUUGAUUCAAGGGGAAUUUGAUGACCUUGUUGGUUCUUAAUCUGGUAGAGAAGGCUUAAAGGUUGCAGUUUCUUUGAGGGGAGUGGACACAUUCUCUCUGUCAAUUGUGAGUAGUGAAGUUUCGUUUUUUCGAUUUGGUAAUUUGCUGUUGUGUAGAUACUCAUAUGACCAAGAUGUGAAAGACUGAAUCUUUGUGAAUGUGAAUUGAUUUGGUGCUGUAGUGAGUGGUCUUUGUAAUCAAGUAGUUUUGAUCAUUGAGAUAGUAUUGUCUGGAGAUGAAGGCAGAUAGUAAGAUGUGUGUACUGUAGAAGCUAUUGCAAACUUAU